AUGCAUUUAAUUGCACUGAAUAUUCCAGAUCUACUCAUUAACUUGUGGCGAUAUAAUUUUGACUGUGAAAAAACUGACAGCAAGCAUAGUUGGGACUGGGGGGUUUUACAAGGUGAUACAUGGAAACAACAUGGCCAGGCUAUCGCAGACUCCACCCCAUAUCUUCCUGGCCCGUUUGAUUGCCCUCCCCGGAACCCAGCAGAGAAAAUUUCCAGUGGAUACAAGGCCUGGGAGUUUCUUCUUUAUGUUUAUGGGCUCGCACCAGCUUUCCUGUAUAAUGUUCUCCCUGAAAAAUAUUGGAGAAACUUCUGCAAACUUGUUUUUAGUGUUCAGAUUUUCAACCAGCACCAUAUUCUUACAGUAGAUCUACAACAGGCCCACAAACGAAUGCUUGAAUUCACUGCAGAGUUCGAGGUUCUGUAUUAUCAACAAUGUGCUGAUCAGCUACAUUUUGUACGACUGUCCUUACACACUGCUCAACAUCUUGGCCCAGAAGUUCGGACAAUUGGUAACCUGGGACAAGAGAUCCGUCAGCCAUCUAACCCAUAUGCUAACCUCUCUCAACGCGGCCUCCUUCUCUCUCAAAUUAAUGCAUUGAAGGCUAUGAUUCCGUCCCUCAGUCCACCCACAAAUCCAAUUCCGAAGGGGGGAGUAGAUAUUGGUGAUGGGUACCUUUUAUUGCGCGCAAAGGAGAACUGUGAAGCUGAAGUAAUUCAAUCUUACCUCUCAGGAAAUCAAAGCUACGACACAGAAUUCCAGUCAAAGAUUACAAGAUGGGCCCGUAUUCGUCUUCCAAAUGGACAAGUAGGACGGUCUUUGUGGAAGGAAGCACUAAAGGCAAAGGGAAAAUGCAGAGUAGCGAGAAACGUCAAGCUUCUUCUCUCUGGAAAAUUGGUGUUUGCAGAAGUCUACUAUUAUUUCAUCUUAUGCAUGCAGAAUAAUAGCGAGAAAAGGCCGGUAGCUCUGGUAUCAUUUUAUUCCGAACCCCACAACACUCUCCUCAAGGCAUCUUUUGGCACUGUCUGGUCCUGUACAUCCCAGGGUGAUUCGUCACUUCAUGUGGUUAGCAUCAAAGCAAUUCUGUCAGUUGUUGCAAUGGUUCCUCACACUCCAUUUCCUACUAGUAAUGAUGUAACUGAAAGGUUUUUUGUUGUAGAGAAGCCAGGAUUGGACGUAGCUCAUAUGAUUCAUAACAAUAAUGUAUUAGAGGAGUAG